GCUUGAGGAUAUGCGUCAUCUCCUUUUUCCCCUUUCCUUCAAACGUAUGAUCUGGGAACUACUAGUCCAAUCCUCCUCUUUCAUUACGUUUGGUGGAUCUUAUCUCUCCCUCACUUUUCUUUUCCCCUUUAGAUGGCAAUCAGUAAUCACAACAAUUUUGUAAUUGAAAUGGAGUCGAUGCUGGAAGAAGCUGAAACAGAAAUGGCUGCUGAGUGCUGCUGCAUCUACAGGGUGCCGAAUGAUAUACGCAAAUUGAAUGAAGAUAGCUUUACCCCAAAGGUGGUUUCUAUUGGCCCUUUUCACUAUGGGCAUCCCAGACUAAAAAUCAUGGAAAAGUACAAGCUUGCGUAUCUCAAGCAAUUCCGUAAAAGAAUUUCCAGCACCAUAAGUUUGGAUAGAUUAAUCAGCUUCGUAGAAGAGAUUGAGCCGGGCGUUCGUCUUCAUUACUCAGAGCCUAUUGAGCUUAGCAAUCAGGAACUUGUGAAGGUGAUUCUGCUGGAUUCUUGUUUCUUAUUUGAGCUAUUUUUGAGGUCAUAUUAUAGUGAAUGGGAUGGUGUUAUUCUGUUAAAACCAUGGCAAGCCACUACCGUAAGAAUAGAUUUGCUCUUACUUGAGAAUCAGCUGCCUUUUCGUGAUCUUGAAAAGCUAUUCAGUCGGGUUUUUCCCUCCAGCAUGACUAAUGACAGAGACCCUUCAUUUCUUCAUCUAACUUUUGACUAUUUUGCCUAUUACAACAACGUGAAAUUGCAACCUCAAGGCGUUACCAUUAGCCACUUCGCAGAUCUUAUUAGGACGUUUCACUUACCACCAAUGAGUAGUCAACCAAAGAGAUUGCGCAAAUCAGUAACAUAUGUUCAGAGUGCAACUGAGUUAGCUGAAGCAGGGGUGACAUUUAGAAAAAGUACAAGCUCAUGCUUGCUAGACUUCAAAUAUUCAGGAGGAAUUCUUGAAAUACCAGAAUUAAAAGUGGAUGAUUGGACUGAAACUUUGCUUAGGAAUCUAGUGGCGUUAGAGCAGUGUCACUAUCCUUCUGAUUCUUACAUCACUGAUUUUGUUGCCAUUAUGGACUUCCUUAUCAACACAAGCAGUGAUGUGGAUCUCUUAGUUCAGGAGGGAAUCAUCAUUAACUGGUUAGGAGAAUCCAAUUCUGUGGCCAACUUAUUCAAUAGUCUUUGGAAGAAUAUCACACAUGUAGAUUUCAACUCCCAUUACUCAAAUGUUUGCAAGGACUUGAAUGCCUUUUGUAAAAGUCCUUGGAACAACAUGAAGGCCACUUUGAGACAUGAUUACUGCAACACUCCUUGGCAAACUGCGGCUUCUAUUGCUGGAAUUCUGAUCCUUCUUCUCUCGUUAAUACAAGCAGUCAGUUCUAUCUUACAAGUGUUGCAGCAAUUUAAGCAAAGCUCAUCGCAUUGAGGUUCUCUUUUCCAUAUAUGGUAAUUUGCAGCAAUUUUUAUGGGAGUUGUUAAGAAAUAAUUGUCUAGAGCUGUCAUCCUUAACACAUAUGUAUUCUUCUCAUCAAACUCUCUCAACUUGCUUCAAUGUAAAAGUCACUUAUUUAAUUAGCAUUGUUUAGCU